UGAUGGGCCGUUGCCUAUUAAAAUUAGUCUCAUAUAAUUCGUAUGCAAACAACUCAAGUUGAAGCUCAAAGAGUACAGAGGAAAAUUAGCCAACGGCAGCAGUAGUGAAGAAUGGGUGUUGAUUAUUACAAGAUUCUUCAGGUCGACCGGAAUGCUAAUGAUGAAGAUUUGAAGAAAGCGUAUCGUAAGCUGGCCAUGAAGUGGCAUCCCGACAAGAAUCCUAAAUCCAAGAAAGAAGCCGAAGCCAAAUUUAAGCAAAUCUCCGAAGCUUACGAUGUUUUGAGCGAUCCCCAAAAGCGUGCGGUUUACGAUCAGUACGGCGAAGAAGGGUUAAAAGGCCAGAUGCCGCCUCCGGGUGUGGGAGGGUUUCCGGGAGGGGCGGACGGGGGUUCUGGCCCGACGAUGUUCCGGUUCAAUCCUCGGAGCCCCGAAGAUAUUUUCUCGGAGUUUUUUGGGUUUUCGAGUCCAUUUGGAGGGAUGGGUGAUAUGGGUGGGUCACGUGCUGGGAUGUCGGGGUUCCCCAGGGGCAUGUUUAGGGAAGACAUAUUCGGGUCGUUUAGGGGUGGAGCUGGGGAGGGUUCUACAACUAUGCUCCGUAAAGGACCCGCUAUUGAACAACCAUUACCUUGCAGCUUGGAGGAUCUAUAUAAAGGGACUACCAAGAAAAUGAAGAUUUCUAGGGAUGUUAUUGAUGCUAGCGGGAGACCUAGUACGGAGGAGGAAAUUCUUACUAUUCAGAUUAAGCCAGGGUGGAAAAAAGGUACAAAAAUAACAUUUCCAGAAAAGGGAAACGAGCAACGAGGGGUUAUUCCUUCUGAUCUUGUCUUCAUCAUCGAUGAGAAACCUCACAGUGUGUUCAAGAGGGAUGGCAAUGAUCUUAUUUUAACUCAGAAGAUAUCUCUAGUGGAAGCUCUAACUGGUUAUACAGCACAGCUGACAACGCUGGAUGGACGGACCCUCACAGUCCCUAUUAACAACAUCAUCAAUCCAACUUAUGAAGAAGUUGUUAAAGGUGAAGGAAUGCCCAUUCCCAAGGAGCCUUCAAAGAAAGGAAAUUUAAGAAUUAAAUUCAACAUCAAGUUCCCUACCAAGCUUACAACUGAACAGAAAACUGGUCUGAAGCGGUUGAUACCAUCUCCCUAAGAUUCAGUUGUCGCCCUUGAUCUCUAUCGUCAGCCUACUCAUGUAAGUUUGCAUUUGUGUUGCUGAACCGUGAUUGCAUGAGAGUUAUCUAGGACUAGGAGUUUGUAAAUUAUUUAUCCAUUUUCUGCGCUUGUUGAAAUACUUCUUAACUUUGAGGUAACUGGUCAAAGCUUAUAGUUAAGCUUAAGCCUCUUUCUUAGUUCGGCUUGAAUCUCCAUUAUUUCACUGUAUACUCAUGUAAGUUUGCAUUUGUGUUGCUGAACCGUGAUUGCAUGAGAGUUAUCUAGGACUAGGAGUUUGUAAAUUAUUUAUCCAUUUUCUGCGCUUGUUGAAAUACUUCUUAACUUUGAGGUAACUGGUCAAAGCUUAUAGUUAAGCUUAAGCCCCUUUCUUA